CGCAAUGUCCAUGCUCUCUUUCUGAUCUACGCUGUGUCCAUUGCCACCUUUACUCACUUCAUUGCCCAGAAUGGAACACGAGAGUUUUAAAGCCAGUGAGCGACUUGUCACUCCGGCAUAUAUACGGCAGGGCAGAGAGGCCAGGCGAAUGCAUGAACAGCUUGUGCGGCAGCUAGUGGAACAGGGUAAGUGUCCCAAAGAGCCAUGGGAUGAGAGCACAAUUGAAAUCUUCCUCAAUGAACUUGCAGUCAUGGACAGCAACAAUUUUCUUGGCAACUGUGGUGUUGGAGAGAGAGAAGGGAGAGUUGCCUCUGGAAUGGUUUCCCGUCGACAUUAUCGGCUGAUCCACGGGAUUGGACGGUCAGGAGAUAUUUCAGCCAUCCAGCCAAAGGCUGCGGGCUCGAGUGUUCUAAAUAAGCUCACAAACUCGAUGGUGCUGGAUAUAAUAAGAUUAGCCGGCGUGCGAACAGCAAGCAGUUGUUUUGUUGUACCCAUGGCAACUGGGAUGAGUUUAACCCUUUGCUUCCUUACUCUCCGGCACAAGAGACCAAAGGCAAAAUAUAUAAUCUGGCCGAGAAUAGAUCAGAAAUCCUGCUUCAAAUCUAUGAUCACGGCAGGUUUCGAACCUGUGGUGAUAGAGAAUGUGCUGGAAGGAGAUGAACUGCGUACAGACCUUGAUGCUGUAGAAGCCAAAAUCACAGAACUUGGAGCAGAAAAUAUCCUGUGUGUACACUCUACUACUUCCUGCUUUGCUCCCCGGGUACCCGACAGGGUGGAAGAAUUGGCAGUAAUCUGCAAAAAGUAUGAAAUCCCACACGUUGUGAACAAUGCUUAUGGUGUUCAGUCUUCAAAAUGUAUGCAUCUUAUCCAGCAGGGUGCCCGUGUUGGUAGAAUCGAUGCUUUUGUGCAGAGUUUGGACAAGAAUUUUAUGGUUCCAGUAGGUGGAGCUGUUAUCGCUGGUUUCAGUGAUUCAUUUGUGCAAGAAAUUAGCAAAAUGUACCCAGGAAGAGCAUCUGCCUCUCCAUCAUUGGACGUCCUCAUAACACUGCUGUCACUUGGCGCAAGUGGAUAUAAUAAGCUCUUGAAAGAAAGAAAGGAAAUGUUUGUGUACCUAUCCAGUGAACUAAAGAAACUGGCCAAAGAGCUCAAUGAGAGGCUGCUGGAAACCCCGCACAACCCUAUCUCAUUGGCACUCUCACUAACCUCUCUCAGUGAGCAGAGCGGCAGUGCUGUCACACAAUUGGGCUCAAUGCUAUUUACAAGACAAGUAUCAGGAGCCAGGGUUGUGCCUCUUGGGACUUCGCAGACAAUUAAUGGAUAUGUUUUUAAGGGUUUUAUGUCUCACAGCAAUAACUAUCCUUGCGCUUACCUGAAUGCAGCAUCUGCCAUCGGUAUUAAAAAGCAAGAUGUUGACAUGUUCAUCAAAAGGCUUGACAAGUGCCUGAGGCUCUGUAAGAAAGAGAAGCAUUUAGCCAAGGAUGAACCUAGAUGCGCUCAACAAACCACAGAAGAUGAUGUUGCUGAAUUAGCGCAAGGCCUUGGAGACGUUUUACAAGGGGAGACCGCCUCUGAACUGCUAUUGAGUGGAUAAAUGGCGCACAUUUAGUUCUGGAUUUCAAAGAAACUGCAAUGCAGUUAAUUAGUUACAAAUAUAAUCAAAGCGUAAUACAGAGAGGAUAAUUAAUAUUUCAUACAAUUUUAUGUAUGCUUAAAAUUGCACUAAAUAUAUGAAAAAGAUUUCAUUGUAGAAUCCAAAGUUGGCAACAUUUUGUGCUCACUUUGUUUCAUACACUUUGUUGUACAUUUUCCUUUAUCUGCACAUCAAACAGAGCAGCCAUAUCAGUCAGUUACUGUAAAGUUGUGGUUUCCAUUGCCUUUAAACUCUGGGACUAAUACGCUGUAGAAGAUUUGCUGGAUUGAAGUCAGUCAGAUCAGAAGGGAAAUCAAGCGUCCGUGUGCGCCGUAUGUAAUACUCCUGCCUGAUGGAACCAUGUUUGGUUUCAGUACAAUAGUUUCAGACAGACUGAAGUGCCUUUCAUUUUCCUUUUCUCAUUGUUCUACUUUGGUGUUCAUGUCACAAUAAAUAUAUCUAA